GGGCGCCAAGUGACCAGUCUUCGCUCCUACCACCUCAAUUCCCCUACCACGUAUUGCAGACGCCAUGUCCGUCCCUCACACCAAGCGCAUCUGCCAAAUCAUCAAGCUCAAGGACGAGGCCCUCGAAGAGUACAAAGCCAUCCAUGCGAAUGUCUGGCCCGGCGUCCUUGCCGCGCUCGAGCGCGCGCACAUUGUGGAUUACAGCAUCAAUUACUACGCGCCGUUGAAGCUGCUGAUCGCGACGAUGAAGUAUACCGGCAGCAAUUACGAAGGGGAUAUGAAGAAGGUUGCCGAAGAUCCAGAGACGCAGAAGUGGUGGGCGGUGACCGACGGGAUGCAAGAGAGCUUCAACGAGGGCGCGACCGGGAGCGGGAAGGAGGUGCCUUGGUGGACGGAAGUACCGGAGGUCUUCCGGUUCGAGGGAAAGCCUUGAGUCGUGCUUGCUACGAUAACUGGAUUCGGGGAAGAGUAGAGAAUUGUGUUCGAGUGUAGUACAUUCCCAGAGCGUGCUUGCUUUCCUUGCAAUGAAGACGACGAAGUCAGAAAGG